CGCGAUUUAUUGAACGGUUAUUGGCAACCGGCGCGGCGGCGGCGGCCGCUGCCGCGGAUCGGGGCAACGCCGCUAAUCACCGUCCCCGCGCCAAUCGAUCGCGCCGGUGCAUUAAGGACGGGGACUCGCGCGUUCAGGGACAUUCGGGCUAACUUUAGCCUUUAGCCGGGCCCCGGCGCAUCCGUGUCCGACGACUCGCGACUACGUCGACGUCGGGACAUAACGAGCCGACGGCCACCGGCCUGGCCAGCCGCUUUUGCCCGCGGAAAAUAAAACAGUACUCCGGCCGCCAUCCGGCCGCAUGGAUAAGCCGAUAAUCGUGCGAUCGGGCAGAAUCCUCGCGCACGGAGGAUAGCCGCUCCGAUUUCUUCGGCCGACACCGAACGCCGAAAGGACGCGCGCCGUAGGAAAGUAAGAUGUGAAGAAAAGGGAGAUGAAGAGUGAGAGGAACGUCGCAACGCGCCUUCGUCGACGAAGAGUGGAGAACGUCCGCUACGUUCUCAGUGGUGGACCAGAGUGACGCGUGGGUGGUCCCCUCCCCUCUCAGGAUCGCGUAAUCGUCGUCUGUCUUCACGGUGACGUCACCGACACCAAGAAUUACUACCGUACGCUUACGAGAGACCGGUGCUCGCGCCGUCACGGGGCCACGAGGUCAUCCCGGCGCGAGAGAGACCGCAGGCUCUGGACGAUGCUUUCGGGAAGGAGCAUCGGAACACCGAGAUGAAUCUUCGACAGGAUGCGGAGAAAUGUCCCGGGGAACGUUAUCUAAGGUGGAAAUUCUCAUGAAUUGUAUCUCUCUUUCCGUUUGAACGCGAGGUAUUUCACGAAAUCGAAUUUGUCUCACGUCUCGUUGAAUAGUCCCUCGAGAGAACGUCAACAUCGAGCGGAGAAUACUCGCAGGGAUUUCCCAGGCGAAUCCGAAGCAGAGGACAAGUGUUGGAUUUUCGCGCUCGCAUAGCGGCAUCUGCCAAAAUUAUCCUUCAUCAACUGGGAUAUUCGUGCGAACUUGUGAGAUUGUUCGAGAGAGAGAGAGAGAGAGAGAGAGAGAGAGAGAGAGAGAGAGAGAGAGAGAGAGACCUCGCAUGUAGAGAUCGUGUAAAUUCCGAAGACUCGUUCUCUUCAGCAAUUGGCACACUCUCUCACCCUCUCUCUUUCUCCCUUUCGAUCGUUAUGAGACAUCGUUCAUCAGCAAUUUUCAUCGACACAGGAAGAAAUUGACGAAUCGCAUACAUCUUAUCGAUCGAUAGAAAAUCUCUCUUAUCAUUAUCUAUUUUAUAAAAAUUUGUUGCGUAAGAAUGUUCUGAUGUUAGAAUGACGUCAGUGACGUCAGUGAAGUUAAUAUUAGAUCGACGAUGCGAUCUUGUUUGAUGAAAAGUGAAGAAUUAGAUCAUCAUUCGAAACGCUGCCAGAACGUAAUUAUUUAUAGCUGAUUGAAAGUACGAGAGUGUACAUUUGAAUUAUGCAACGAGACAACCGUCAAAUAUGAUUAAUUAAUCUAGAAACCACAAUUUCAAUAAUCGAUACGAUUUCUUAAAAAAAAAAAUCUCAAGUAUAUUUGAAUGCAAGACCCGUAAAAUAUUCAAUGAUGAAUUUAAAUAUAAAGCAAUGAAUUUAAAUAUAAAGCAUACACGAGAUAAUUCGAAUGAUUUAUAUUUCAAUAAUUGAAUAAUGAAAGUUGUCAAUAAUUAAUUUGAAGAAUGGGUUUAUUGCUGUCGGUGUUGGUCGGCUGCGUCGGUGUGCUGGAGCUGUUGGCGUGCCUGCGACACGCAAGCGACACCGUGAUGAUCAGCAUCAAUCCGCCAACGCCAUGCCUCUCGUAUCACGAGCCGGCUUACAAUGACAUUCAAAGUAUCCAUGAUUCUCUCUGCAGCUUUAGUCAUUCUACCGUGAGGCUUCCUCGCGACGCUAGGCAUAAGCUCGAAAACCUACACGAAUACAGUUUAAGAGUGCGAAGCGAACUGCGAUCUUUGGACAAGAAUUUCGAUGGUCGGAGCACACUGUCGGAGUGCAGCACCAGGUACCUGCUCGGCGGCUCCAGACCGGACUCGAGACUCAGUCCAGACUCAAGAUUGAGCCCGGAGUUUAAUUAUCUCGUGCAAGAGGAUGACGACACGUGGAUCGUGCAAGCCGAUCGGCCCCGUAACGACGACAACGACGACGCCUACAACGAGACGAAAAGAUUCUUGGAGGAAAUCAAUACGGAAAUUAGAGAGAGCUUACAGCAAGUCGCGCGAUCGCUGGCCCCGCCGGAGCCGAAAAAGUAUGUCAGGCUACCGACGCCGAUUCCGCAGGACAUUGAGUACAUCCACGACGAGAACCAAAUAUCCGCCUCCUCAAGCGAGACGUCAUUUGACAAGGACUCCGGCAACGAGGCGCUCACCACGGAAUCCUUCGAUGAGAUUCUCUCGAUCAUCAAAAGAUACGAGGAGUCAGUUUCGUCCGUCGAUGAGUCUGAUCAUGAGGAGAGAAGGAUCAUCGCGCGAAGAGCACCAAGAAAAUCUCCAGAAUUAUCGAAGAAAGCGAAGAACGUCGACGUUUCUAAAAAAAUGAAGAAACUCUCGAACGAUGUUGCGAAAACUGACUCGACUACCCGUCCAGCUACCGAAAAGAUUGAGGCAGAGAAGAAAACCUUCGUCAGUCAGAAAAAACCUAGAUCCGGCAAGUCCUCCACGACGAUCCUGAGAAAGCCUACCAGAUUAAAGUCCAAGAACGCGGAGAUCAGUAAGUCAGCGGAGAAUUUGAGUACAAAGAAAUCGAGGAAGAAUCGCGAUCCGGAACGUCGCAAGUCGGACAUAUCCGUGCAAACGGUGCGCGACUUGUUCAAAGAUAUGUCAACGAACACUUCUCCAACUAACAGCCCGUCAUUGUCUAGGUCGGAGAGUAAGAAGAGCGUCUCGGUAGAAGUACAGACCAUUUUGCAGGACAUACUGCUGGAUGAUGAAGUCUUGGAAGAUCUGGUUAGCAGCGUCGUCGGACUCUCCGAGAGCAGAAGGGACAUGUCCUCUCGUGGUAAUUCCGCCAAAAAAUCCUUUAAGAGCAAAAGGUUUCGGUCUAGCUCGAGAGAGCAGUCGGAUGAUCAGGAUAAACAGAUUUACACGGCGACCAACGCAGUCACCUCCGUGGAAAGAUCGCGGAGAGACAAGGCGAAGGCGUUAAAAGUAUCCAGAUUCGAAAACGCCAGCGAAGAGGACUAUGAAAAAAUCAAAGAUGUUAUUUUCGACAGUUCGAAGAGAUCGAGCGGUUCGAAGAGAAAAGAGAACUCGUGGUCGAAGUCAUCGCUCGAAGAGGACGACGAUGAAUUUAUGGAUGCGGAGGAUGUGAGUUCCGGAAGACCACCUAUACAGUACACGACACCCGACACCGAUCAGAACAAAGCAUUCUGGUUGAUUUUCAGUGGCGAGUACACAAAGGCGAUGAACAAGGAUUGGCACAGCGGCCACUUCUGUUGCUGGCAGUGCGACGAAUCCCUGACAGGACAACGCUACGUUCUCAGAGACGAGCAUCCUUACUGCAUUAAGUGCUAUGAAAGCGUUUUCGCCAAUGGCUGCGAGGAGUGCAACAAAAUCAUCGGCAUUGACUCUAAGGAUCUGUCGUACAAGGAUAAGCACUGGCAUGAGGCCUGCUUCCUCUGCAACAGGUGCAGAGUGUCCUUGGUGGACAAACAGUUCGGUAGCAAGGUGGACAAGAUCUACUGUGGCAAUUGCUACGACGCCCAAUUUGCUAGCCGUUGCGAUGGAUGCGGCGAGAUCUUCCGUGCUGGCACCAAGAAGAUGGAAUACAAGACCAGACAAUGGCACGAGAAGUGUUUCUGCUGCGUGGUCUGCAAGAAUCCGAUCGGUACGAAGAGCUUUAUCCCGCGCGAGCAAGAGAUUUACUGUGCCGGAUGUUACGAGGACAAGUUCGCCACCCGGUGUGUUAAGUGCAACAAGAUUAUCACCAGCGGCGGCGUGACAUACAAGAACGAGCCGUGGCAUAGAGAUUGCUUCACCUGCAGCAACUGCAACAACUCCCUGGCGGGACAACGAUUCACGUCGCGCGACGAGAAACCGUAUUGCGCCGACUGCUUUGGCGAACUCUUCGCCAAGAGAUGCACCGCUUGCUCCAAGCCGAUCACUGGUAUCGGCGGCACUCGCUUCAUCUCAUUUGAAGACAGGCACUGGCAUAACGAUUGCUUCAUCUGCGCGGGCUGCAAAACUUCACUGGUCGGACGUGGCUUUAUCACCGACGGCGACGACAUCAUCUGCCCCGAGUGCGCCAAGAUGAAGCUGAUGUAAAGCGCGCGGCUUCGCGACGACGAAAUUGACAACGGGAUCGACAGGGGAUGAGCGAGGGGAGAGAAAGAAUGAGAUGAGCGAGACACUCACUUCCGACGCGGAAUCCGUAUAGCCAAGCCGGAUUCCCCGUUGUACGCCAUAAUAUAAUAUCGUCGUCGCCAAUCUUACUGCCCGUCGUCAAUUCGAACUUGAGGCGCACGCAGACGAUAGAGAACUUCGCAGAGCCACAGUCGAGAGACGAGAUCGCGGGGAGAGACGUAAUAAAUUAAAAAGCACAGAACCUUCGCGUUUAUAGCGCCGCGAUCAUUUUUGUUACGAAUAACCGACGUGUUUUCGACGAGAUUUUCCGCGCCGGCUUUCUUUCAGAGGACGGUAGAGCUCGAGAAUUCCCCCGACCAAACUCUCGUCUUGGUCCGGCAUAGCGAUUUCACGAUUGAUCGCCAAUUGAUCUUUCCGAAAGGAAGGCGGCACGAGAACACGAAAGUCGUUUCUAGCUUCGUAGUCGUAGCGACAUUAUGUUAUUUUAUUUUUUCGUUCUACGUGUAUUUAUGAGAACAAUGACGCGAAUCCACCUGUAAACGAAACGAUCUGCUCGAUCAUCGCGUCGGGACAUUAAAGAGCGGAAAACGAUAACGAACGGGAGGGGAGAAACAAAAAGGAAUGCGCAACCAGCGAGCUUGAUGAAAAGAAAUCAAAUCGCCUUACUGUAAUAAAUACGAUCGUUGACAUGGAUAUGUCGAUUAGGGUAAUGAAUAAGCCUAAGCGCUCCGCGUGCUCUCGUGAUGUUACUAAUAUUAAUAACGUUUUUUUUUUGCUUUGUACAAUGGUAGAGAGAUAAGCGCCCGUGUGCGCACAAAAAGAGUCCUACAUAUUACAUUAUUCUUAUGGAGAACACUAAAAUUUGAUACACGUAUAGCGAUGUUGUUUCUAUUCGACUCGCAAAUGGUCUAACACGUACACAUCCACACGCCACACAGGGGGAAACCUUAAUCUACCCGAAUGACACAUCACUAUUUUUUUUCUUCUCUUGUUUCCUUUUUACUUUGUGCUGUUCAUCUCUUUAAUAUCCGCGUAAUAUAGUGCCGAUUAUUAAUUUGUGAAGUAUUUCCUAAAAUUCUCUUAAUAUAUAUAUAUAUUCAAAUAUUAAGAAAAAAAAAAUUUUAAUGUCAGAAUAAUCAGCAGAGUAGAAAUAUUUUGUUACCAAAAUAUUCUUCGUUUUCUGUACGCGUUAUACGCGUGCCGUUAAUCGGAGGGUACGAUAUGUAUUGUACGUGUUUCGGGGUUCACGAUGUCCCGGCUCUUCUCUUCUCGGUCUUUCUCUCCCUUUCUCUCGUUCGUCGAGAGAAAUAGGCGCGCAGGUCGUAGGGAUCUAUCAUCGUCCUGUGUGAGUCGCGCGCGCGUGCACACACACACGCGCGCGCGUGUGCACACACACACACACACACACACACACACACACACACACACACACACACACAGAGCACAUACACAUGACGAGCAUACAUGCAUUCAUGGCACAUACACACAUAUUGCGAAUUUUUUUUGCAAUAACAUGUUAAAAGCGUUUUGUUGAGAAACAGGGUACGAUAAAAAAGAGACAAAGAGUCGUACUCACACAUAUACACACGCAUAUACACAAGUAUAUAUAGAUACACUGACAUAUAAGUAUACAUACAUGCGAACGAGUGUGCGGCCGACGCACACGCGGUAAUAUUAAUUGUGGCCUUAUUCGCACCGAGUACCAUAGGAGUAAAAAGAAAAAGGGAACUAACAGUAAUUUACUUCGUUACAAGAUAUUUAAUAUCAAAUUUAUUGUUAUACAACGCGAACAAAGAUAAAUGUAAUUCGCCGCGUGAAUCGAGUCCAUGAACAUGGGAACUAAGAGACAAGUUCGAACUACGAACGUUCGAAUUGUUAAUCGCAAUCAAUAUAAGUCACACAUGUGCUAUAAUAUAAUAUGUAUGUUAUCCGACGGAGUCACUUACACACACUAAUCGCCUUAAUUAGUAAAACGAUAAAAAAGAGAUUAUUCUAUAUUCAGCGUAUCCUAUACACUGUUACACUGUAAAAUUGGUAAAUAAAUAAAUGUAAUUAUUUACA